UCUAGAAAGAAGGAGGUUGUUACCCUCUUCUUCACUUGUUAACAAUGCAAGUAAAAGGAAGUACAAACCUUUCAACUGCUUCAGUAACUACUUCGCACUAGAAGACAGCAUCGUAGUGCAUUCACAUACUGGGGAGAGGAGCCCAGUAGAAUGGAUCUUGCUAAGGAGAGGUAUGGUGGUUGUUUCUCUCAUGAAGAAGUAGAAAAUGUAAAGGCUUUUCUACGUAUUGCAGUUGUUUCAGCUAUUGUUUGUCCCCUAUUCGUUUCUACUUUUUUAUUAUCUCAUUUACCUAGUUUUACUACACAAUUUAAAAAUGGUUCUAAAGAAAAUGCUAGAGUUGCUAUUUUGGUUGUUGGAAAUGUUGUCCCUUUUUUUGUUCUGGUCCCUUUAUUUGAACUAGUUAUUCUACCUCUCUUUCCUAAAUUAGAAUAUUUUAUAAUUAAUCCAUUGAAAGGACUUGGUUUGGCUUAUAUUCUCAUCAUAUUAUCAAUUGUUAGUUUAUUUCUCAGUGACUUGAUUGGAAGGAUUGUUGCUGAUAAUAACUCUGAUGUGCCUUGUUUUUUCAUGUGGCAAUCAGUCCAUCAAACAAUUGAUACUUCCUAUUGGAUACUACUCAUACCAUCAGUAUUAUUUGGUACAUCAUUUUGUCUCACUGGGAUAUAUUUAUAUGAGUUCCUGUGUAGUCAGUCUCCUUUUGGUAUGCAUGGAAUGAUCAUUGGAUUUCUGUGGUUUUUGCAUGGUAUAUUCACUGACUUUGCUAUAGGUAUAUUUUUAAUAGUUUAUUAUCAUCCCAUGCCCUCAGUCUCAUUUAUGUCAUGUACCUCAUGGCUCACUAUGAUAUUUGGUAUAAUUGCUGGUAUUGGAUUAGUGGUGUAUGUAUUAAUAGCUCGAUGGUAUGUCAAUAGGGUCAGGGAUACUGAUCUUGGUCUACGUACAGCAGUAGAGGAACAUUGGGAGAAUAGACUGACAUCAGUAAAUAACACUGAAACGGAAGAUUUUCUUAUUUCUAGUUUGAGAUGA